GAGCUGGAGCAGCUCUGCCGGGCUUCACACCACUGCAGGGAGAGGGAAGAAUCAGCAGGCAAGAAGAAAGGGGUGUACUCUGCACAUACCCACCGCUUUGCCUUGGACAUGCUUAGUAUCAAGUGGAAGCCAAGGGAUUGAGGCCAUCUGUGGACUGUUCUCUGAGGGAACUGGGCAUCUUCUAGAUCUGCUGCCUGGAGGCACUAGAUUUACCUAUUUGCCCUGAACUGCGCUGAAAUCCACUAUAGUGUUCCAUGGGACAUCACACUUUGAGAUCUACCAUGCCUCACUGGAACUUGUCGUUUUGCUUUAGUGUCUGAUGUGCUGCGCCAGGAUCUGUUGGGCCUUCCCACUGCUGUGCUGUUGAGCCCCAAAAGGUAGGAUGGUGCCAGGUGAGAGGAAGGCUGCUGGGCCCGUCCUUUUCUGGACCUGUGACCAUGAAACAGAGCCUUGUGAGUAGGCCCGGGUGAGACUUGGGAGCCUGUGAACCUUGCACAGGUAGCUUUGGGCACCUCCAUGGCCUGGUCUGGGGAUGCAUGGUAUGGAGCCACAGCAAAAUGGAUCUGGCAAUCAGAGUGACCAGGCACCCGCUGAGCUCCCGCACUCGCCUCUUGGCAUGGCACUCAUCCUGGUGGCCGUGCUGGUCAUGGCACUUGUGACCCUACUGGGGAAUGUGUUGGUAGUGCUGGCUGUGUACACCAGCCGGGCCCUUCGGGCCCCGCAGAACCUCUUCCUGGUGUCUCUGGCUGUGGCAGACAUCCUGGUGGCCACCCUUGUCAUCCCCUUUUCCUUGGCCAAUGAGGUCAUGGGCUACUGGUGCUUUGGCGGCUUUUGGUGCAGCCUCUACCUGUCGCUGGACGUUCUCUUCUGCACCGCCUCCAUCAUGCACCUCUGCGCCAUCAGCCUGGAUCGGUACUGGGCCGUCACCCGCGCUGCCCGGUACAACCUCAAAAGGAGUCCCCGGAGGGUCAAGUGCAUGAUUGGGGCUGUCUGGGCCAUUUCUGCCUUGGUGUCCUUGCCACCGCUUUUCAAGUCAACACACCAGGACCAGCUGUGCUUGCUGCACGACGACACCUGGUACGUGCUGGCCUCUUGCACUGCCUCCUUCUAUGCCCCCUGCCUCAUCAUGGUUGCUGUCUACUGCCGGAUCUACCACGUGGCCAGGCACAGGAACUCGGUGGUCAUUGCUGCGAGACGUGUCUCCUACCCCAACCUUAUCACUGCAGCCAAGUGCGACGCCCGCAGAGUGAGCACUCAGCACCCUGGGGAAGCGCAGAAUGCAGGCUUGGAGCACGGCCAGCUUCCCCACCCCCAGCCUAGCUUGCCCAGGCUCUCUCGGCAGUGGAGGGCAGAAGAGAUUGGCAACAGUGCCAGGUCACAGAGGACCCCCAGGCUUUCCUGGUCAGUUCCCUCUAGCCGGCAGCAGCGCAGGAGCAGGGACAUGUCCGUCUCCACCAACCGGCUGGUGCAGGCAAGAGAACGCCGGUUCACCUUUGUCCUGGCUUUCAUCAUUGGGGCUUUCGUGCUCUGCUGGUUCCCGUUCUUCUUCACGUACAGCCUCGAGUCCGUGCUCGGGGAAGGCUGCUGCAUCUCCAAGCCUCUCUUCAAGUUCUUCUUCUGGAUUGGCUACUGCAACAGCAGCUUCAACCCCAUCAUCUACACCGUCUUCAACCGGGAUUUCCGGAGGGCCUUCCAGCAACUUCUCUCCCGUGCCGACCCACUUACAUGCAGGAAGUGAGGACUCUUCUGCUAGAGGGCUGUUUGGGGAGGUGGAGAGAGGUGUUGGCGUGCAGGCUGGGGUUCUGGGGCCUGUGUACGAAACAUCAUCCUGAGGCAACAGGUUGAGGCUGAUGAGCGGGAUAAUAUCGCUGCUGGUUUUGUGCUGAAAAAGCUCCUGUUAAAGUGGUAAAUCUGUGGCAUGAGUGGCACAGGCAGCCAGACAUUUGUGACAUGAAGGGCUGGUGGGCCUGGUUAUGGCACAGAGAGUCAGGCUUACACAUGCCCUGCCUACCUCUCCUGUACUGUGCUGCUAGCCUGCUUACCAGUCCAAUAGGCCAGAGGCCAAGCACUGGUGCAUUGAGGGACAGGAGUAGACUGCUUAUGGGGCAGUGGAGUAGUGGUAACUUCUGAAGUGCAGGUGUGCUGUUCCUGGCAACCCCUCACAGCCAUGCACAACACUGUAUAACAGAAAUUAAUUUUUGGCCAAGGCUGACAUUUUGGCCUCAGUACCUCGCCAGCUUCUUCAACCUCUCCAUCUGCUCCUUCAUUUAAGAUAUCCAGUCUGAUGAAGGGUCCUAGUGGACUCAAGAGCUUGCUUAUCAUCUUGUGACAUUUGGUUUGUUAUUUAAAAAAGGGACUUCGACUUUUUUCAAAAAUAAAAGUGUUGGCUUAACUCUU